UGCUUUCGAGAAGAGAACCAUAUGCACCACUUUUGAAAAUGAGGUCAGUUUUCACCAAUUUCUCCAGAAUAACUACUUAUAAAUAAUUUUAUGUACAUAACCCUAUCCGCACAUUCACAUGAUCGUGGAAUCCACUCGAGCGGGUUCCUCUCUGCACAGUGUCUUGCUCCCAUCCUCCCGUUUCUGGUUUGAAGCCAAAUAAAAGAACAAGGGUUUCAAGGACCCAUCCCAUAUGAAUUUUCUGGAUUUAUUCUGUGGGAAGGAUUCUGUACAAUCAGAAUCACUGUAAAAAAGAGUAGGAUGGAUGAUAAUUGAUACAUGUGGAUUGAGAUGAGGUGAGAUAUUGGGAAGUUGUAUCAUACAGUAUCUAAUAUUAAAAUUUUUGAAGUUCUUUUAGAAAACUUCUAAAAUUUCAUUAUUUCAUUUUUGCUAUCCUCCAAUUUCGACUUCCCGGACAAUAUCCUCUAGUGAUAUACUGCAGGAGGGGGGGGGGGGGUUUUGGGAUUGUCAAGUCAAAAUCAUGGAGUUGCAGCAGAUUUUGCCAGCCAGUAAAUCACGUUCAAUUGCAAAAUUAAAGGGCUUUCCACCUUUCUGUGAAAUUGUUUCCAAAUUUCUUAAUUACAAUGCAAAUUUCAAGAUAGUAAAUUUUUCCCAUAUACAACAAAAUAGGGUCAAAAAACAUGGCUCGAAAUCAAUGAUGUCUUAUUUAAAUUCCCGUCACAUCUCAAUUUCUGAGCAUGCAAAUGAUUUUUACGGCACUGGAAAGGAGCUUUCUCGUGAUUCAUACAAUGAAACAAUAUGUGAGUUGUGCAAAGAAGGAGAUAUUGAUAGUGCCAUGACAUUGGUUUCACAAAUGGAGGCUCUAGGAUACCACCCAAAUUCAAUAUCUUACACUUGCUUGAUAACAGCUCUUGGAAGUAUUGGCAGGACAUUAGAAGCGGAUGCAAUUUUCAAUGAAAUGAUACUUUCGAAUUGUAGGCCAGGAAUUAAAGUGUUCAAUGCAUUGCUCAAAAGUUGUUUAAGAAAAGGCCUCUUGGAGCUUGCAGAUAAAGUCUCGAGAGUAUUGGAUGAUUCGGGUUUGGUAAGAAAUCGCGAAACAUUUGAAAUCCUUAUUGACUAUUAUGUUCACGCCGGUAGGUUGAAGGAUACUUGGUUAGUCAUUUCUCAGAUGAAGAGGAAGGAGUACCAGCUAGAUUCUUUUGUGUACAGUAAGAUUAUUGAACUUUAUAGAGACAAUGGGAUGUGGAAGAAAGCAAUUGCGAUUAUGCGGGAGAUUCGGGAGAUGGGGAUACCAAUGGAUAGGAGAAUAUAUAACAGCAUCAUUGAUACAUUUGGAAAAUACGGAGAAUUAGAAGAAGCAUUGGAAAUUUUUGAGAGAAUGCAACAAGAAGGUAUUGUGCCUGAUGUCAGGACAUGGAAUUCGUUGAUUCAAUGGAAUUGCAAAUUCGGGAACUUAGGUAGUGCUCUGGAUUUGUUUAGUAAGAUGCUGGAACAAGGGAUAUAUCCUGAUCCGAAGAUCUUCGUUACUAUAAUAACACGCUUAGGGGAGCAGGGGAAGUGGGAUAGCAUGAAGAAUAUUUUUGAGAAUUUGAAAGGCAGAGGACAUCAGAGGAGUGGUGCAAUUUAUGCCGUUUUGGUUGAUAUUUAUGGGCAUUAUGGGAAAUUCCAAAAUGCUGAAGAUUGCAUAAGCACAUUAAAAUUGGAAGGUCUAGAGCUUUCACCGAGCAUAUUUUGUGUUCUGGCAAAUGCUUAUGCUCAGCAGGGCUUGUGUGAGCAAACUGUUAGGGUUCUGCAACUCAUGGAAGCAGAAGGAAUGGAACCAAACCUGAUAAUGCUAAAUGUGUUGAUCAAUGCUUUUGGUACUGCUGGAAGGCAUAUGGAGGCACUAUCGAUUUAUCGUCACAUAAGAGAGAGCGGCAUCAGUCCAGAUGUAGUUACUUACAGUACACUUAUGAAGGCAUUUAUACGGGCUCGGAAGUUUGAUCUGGUCCCUAAGAUAUAUAGUGAGAUGGAAUCUUUUGGAUGUUCACCAGAUAGAAAAGCUAGAGAAAUGCUGAAAUCUGCUUUGAUGGUUCUUGAACAGAAACAUUAUCAGCAUAUUCAAUAAGCUUUAGUUGGUUUAGGGACUGUGGUUAUCUGCUACUUAUUACAAAAGACUUCCACUAGAGUCGAUAUGAAGAGUCCUACUGUUACUUGGGGUUUGUCAGGAAUCCUGGACAAGUUUGAGGAGCUCAAAUAUUGCUACUUCCCUUGUGGAUUGGCUGCUCUAUGAUGCCUCAAGGUUUGUGAAGAAACUUGGUCCCUAGUAGAGUCAUGUGUUCAGUAAAAGCUCUAAAAUGUAAUUGGUCUUCUCAUAACUAAUAUUUGUUAAUUUAGUAAUGUUUAAUAAUUAUUGACAUGUUUUGGGAUCAAUAUUACUAAUGCCCAAUAAUUAAUAUCAAUUAGGAAAAAUCUUUUCUAGGUUUCACUAUUAGAAACGGGAGUCUAAUGUGUAAAUAUGAAGAACUUUCAACUAAAACUUUGGUGA